CAGAGGUCUCCUGUCUUCUUCCUGCUUCUGCUGAUCUACGCGCCAACAGCGGAGCUGCUCAGCCAAUCACAGGCGGGGAAGUGCGCAGUUGUAUUUACAUGCGGCCCGUAUAAAAGGAGUCGCUCUGUGGUUUCAGCUUCAGUCGUUACUGCAGUGACGGAUCAAAAUGCCUGAACAGUCCAAGACAGCGGCCAAGAAGGGCUCCAAGAAAGCGGCGUCAAAGAGCGCUGGGAAGCCCGGCAAGAGGAGGAGAAGGAGCAGGAGGGAGAGCUACGGCAUCUACGUGUACAAGGUGCUGAAGCAGGUCCAUCCCGACACCGGCAUCUCCUCCAAGGCCAUGAGCAUCAUGAACUCGUUCGUCACCGACAUCUUCGAGCGGAUCGCCGGCGAGGCCUCCCGCCUGGCUCUCUACAACAAGCGCUCCACCAUCACCUCCAGGGAGAUCCAGACCGCCGUCAGGCUGCUGCUGCCCGGUGAGCUGGCCAAGCACGCCGUGUCCGAGGGCACCAAGGCCGUCACCAAGUACACCAGCUCCAAGUAAAGCUGCACUCACAAACAGCAACACAACGGCUCUUUUAAGAGCCACACACUUCCUCUGCAGAGCUGCUGCUCCACGUUUCAUCUGUGUCAAAAGGCUUCAUUCUUACUGACGUACAGUCACUGGAGGAACUCAUUCACUGAACCUCUGUAAUCCCUGUAUUGGAACCAAACUUCAUGGAAACAUGGGACAGAAACUCAGCUUCACUAUUAAUUCUUUUACAUUGAUCCAUAGAUGAGCACAGCAGUUCAAAAUUCAUUUUCCUUUUGAUAUUUUGUCUAAAUUAUGGUGUAACGGUAAGAAAUGAUAAAAAUAAAGCAACAGCAUGAAUGUAGAUGUAAAAACUGUUGCUUAGAUCCCACUCAAUAAUAAUAGUAGUAAUAAUAAUAAACGAGACAUUUUCUAACCA